AUGUUCUCAGUAUUUCGUCGUCGUACCGCUUCAACAUCCCGGUCUGAUACUAAUGUUAAAGAAAAUUCACCGGUUAAAGGCAAUGCAGCUAAAACAAAUAGUGACAAUAGUGGUUUUAUUACGCCCUCGUUAACAGCAAACGGCAGUGGAAUAAAACAUCGUACAUUAUCCGGUGUUUCAAUAUCAUCAUCAUCAACGUCAUUAGCAACAUCGCCAUUGCUCAAUAUAACACGUCAACAAGAAAAACAUGAAUUACAAACACUCAAUGAUCGGUUAGCAGUUAUCAUUGAUACGGUUCGACGUCUUGAACAAGAUAAUGAAAAAUUACGAAAUAUUGUUAAAACAAGUACACAAUCAUUUGAAACUGAAACGUCGAAAGUAAAAGCAUUAUAUGAAAGUGAAUUAGAUGACGCAAAAAAACUUAUUGAAGAAUUAGCUCAUGAAAAAUCUCGUCUUGAAAUCGAACUUGAAAAACAUCGUUGUGAAAAUAAUGAUUUGCAAUCAAAACUUACUCGUACUGAUCGUGAUACACGUGGAUUUGAAUCUCGUUUAAGACAAUAUGAAAAUGAAAUUGCUGACUUAAAAGCUCGUUGCAAUUCCAUUGCAUCUGAUACAGCGCGUAAAAUGGAAGAAAAUCAAAGUCUUGAAAGUUUGAAUAAUGAUCUUGAAAAACAAAUAGCAUCAUUAAAGCGUCAACUUGAAUCUGAAACUUUAUUACGUAUUGAUCUUGAAAAUAAAAAUAAAACAUUACGUGAACAAUUAGAAUUCAAUGAACAAGUUCAUGAGACCCAUAUAAAACAAAUCAGAGAACAACAAUGUUAUGAAAUCGUUCAAAGUGAUGGUUUACGACAACAAUACGAUGAUAAACUUUUGCAAGAAUUACAACAAUUGCGAGCACAAAAUGAACAAGAAAUUAUUUCAUUAAGAGAAGACAUUGCUUCACAAUAUGAGAACAAGAUUGAAGAUUUAUAUACAACCAAUCGACGUCAAGUUGAACAAAUAAAUAACUACCGUGCUGAUUUAGCAUCGUAUCGUGAACGUAUUGAAGAAGCUAUGAAAACUCGCGAUGCAUCUACUGAAAAAAUGGUGCAAUUAGAACAGCGCUGUCGUGAAUUAGAAGAUCGUACGUAUCAAAUGCAACAGCAACAACAUGACACUUUAAUUGAACGCGAUGAUGAACUACAAAAUCUUAAAGCACUUAUUGAACAAAUGCAAAUUGAUUAUCAAAAUUUACUUGAUACAAAGAUUGGACUUGAUCGAGAAAUUUCGACCUAUAGAAAAUUACUUGAUUCCGAAGAAGAACGAUUGAACAUUGGAAGUCGAUUAGGAUCAGUGUCAAGCAUCAAUGCUAGUGUAACAUCAAAGAUUAACGAUGAAUCAUCAGUAGCAGCAGCAGCAGUAACACCAACAACAACACAUCGACGCAAUAAACGAGCACGAGUAGAAGUCGAUGAUGAUGAUUUGGUUCUUACAAGUGGUAGUGGACGUUAA